CUAUACCUGUUCCAGUACCCCCUGCGGCCUGCCUGGCGCCCCUACGGACUGGAGGAGCGGUGCCAGGAGAUCCGGGUGCGGCCGUUGCAAUCACGCGUGGAGGUGGAUCUAGCCAUCGAUACCACCGACUCCUCCUAUGACCACGACUCGGCAGACAACCUCAAGCAAACCACCCAGACGCUCACCUCGUCUCAGCUGCAUCUGGCCACCAACUAUGCUGUGGGCAUGCUGCAAGGCGACCAGCUCCAUCUGAAUCCCCUGCAUGCAGUGGUGCAGCUACGGCCGUCUUUAGAUUACUUGGACAGUGCAGCAGACAAGGCGGAGGGGGGCAAGGGCAAGAAGAAGGGGGCAGGGGAGGCGGCGGAGGAGGAGGAGAUGGGGGAUGGGGAGGAUGGGGAGGCGGGGCCUGUGGCUCUGGAGGUGAGCUUGAAGAAGAGGGAGACAGAGGAGCAGGAGGAGAUGCGGCUGCAGUCAUAUGCGCACAUCCAUGCCCUGCGCGAGAAGGAGCCGUGGCAGCAGCUGCAGGCCUUCUCAGCAUCACGCGAGGAGGCAGCAGCAGUCCUUCUUUACCCGCCUCAUCCCUUUCCAUGUCUCCUCCCAUGCCCUGCUUUACACUUGUGCAGCCGUGGCAGCAGCUGCAGGUGUUCUCAGCAUCAAGCGAGGAGGCAGCAGCAGUGCUUUUUUACUCGCCUCACCCCUUUCCAUGUCUCCUCCCAUGCCCUGCUUUACACUUGUGCAGCCGUGCCAGCAGCUGCAGGCGUUCUCAGCAUCAAGCGAGGAGGCAGCAGCAGUGCUUCUUUACUCGCCUCACCCCUUCCCAUGUCUCCACCCAUGCCUCCUCCCAUGCCCUGCUUUGCACUUGUGCAGCCGUGGCAGCAGCUGCAGGCCUUCUCAGCAUCGAGCGAGGAGGCAGCAGCAGUGCGGGCGCGCAUGCUGGUGGGGGGAGGCGGGGCAGGAGGGGAGGGGGGCAAGAAGCAGGGGGGGGUAAAAAAGGAGGAGGGUGCGAUGGAGGUGGAUGGAGCAGUGAAGGCCGAGAAGGGGCAACCAGAGGGAGAGAGGGAAAGGGUGGAAGGUGGAGGAGCGGGAGUGGGGCCAGGGGAAGGGGUGGUUAUGGAUGGGGAAGGGGAGGAAGCAGCUGGUGCUGUUGCCGAUGUGCCUUUCACCCUCCCUCAGUAUGUUCCUUUCUCUUCACAGUUGCUCCGUUCAAAACAAUUCCCCCCUGAGCCCUUCCAAACCCCUCCCUACUUCCCCCCCAGCCCUACCCACGCACUCUUCAUCCCUUCCCCUGAUCCCCUCCCAACCACCACCCCCCCAGUGCGGCCUACUGCGGCGUAUGUUCAAGCGCUGGUGGGGUCCUGCCUCUCGCACUCCUCCGCCGCUGCUGCUGAGAUCCGAGGCAUCUCAGGCCUCUCCAAGAGCUACCUUGAUUCUCUGCCUCUGGAGCGCCGAUUGCUAGCCCUGCUGUCGCGCGCCAAGACACACAUAUUCCAGUUCGACCGACUGAUGAAUCUGCUGCCAGCAGGCACUCAGCAGCAGCAGGUGCUGGCGCUGCUGCAACACAAGGCGCUGCUGGUGCAGGGCUGCUGGGUGGCGCCCAGCUCAAUGCGCUGCCCCGUGGGCCCCACCUGUGUGCUGCGAGACCUGCUGCUGCUGCUAUUCACCAAGCACCGCGUCAUUCGCCAGGAGCAUGUUGCACACCUCAAGGUACCCAAGGAGCUGCUGAGGGAACUAUUACUAUCCAUUGGCAUUCCCAGGGGGCCCAACACAGGCUGGGAGUUUGCCGAACCAACGGACCAGGCUUUCCUCGACUCCCACCCCGCCAUAGCUAAGGAGCAGCUUCGGCGCUGGAUGGCUGCCGAGCCUGCGAUCCUCCGAGCCUCGCGCGCCCUCUCCCUGGCCUCCAUGGCUGACGUGGCAGCAGCUUCGGCAGCCGCUGCUGCGGCCAAGGCUGCUGCUGGUGGGGGAGGGGCAGGUAGGGGCGGGGGAGGCAGGGCCGGGCCUGGGGGAGGCUUGGGAGCGCCCAAGGCUGGUCUGGCAGGCCGUGGGGCAGGUUUGGCAGGACGAGGGGCGGGAUUGGCGGGGCGAGGAGCAGGUCUGGGAAGAGGUUCGGGCGGUCCGAGCCUGCAGGCUGGUGCUGUGGCAGGGACGGCAGGUGCAGCAGCGUGUGCAGUGGCCACCAGCAUCAACGGAAUAUACUUCCUCCCGACACUCAAUGAUCCAGAAGUCGAUCCCUUCAGGGAGGUGGUGAUUGCGCUGCUGAGAGCCAAGGGCGCAGGGGGGGUGGGGCUGAAGCGAACAGAGAUAGUGGAGGCCACGCGCAUUGCACUUAAAGCCCAAGUGCCCGCUGCAACAUACCAACGGGUGAGCCUGCCUUCCUCCCUCCCUGUGCAUUGCAUCUCUCCUUAUUCUCCUCCGCUGUUUCCUUUCAAGCUCAACGCCUCUAUUCUUGUUUGGUUCGACCUUUGUACGGGCAGGUUCUGA